AUGGCGGCCCCUGCAAGCAGCGGGAACUUCCUUGCUGCGAGAGAUGGUACCCUGCCCGAUCUGAUCGUCCUCUCCCAGCUAGAGGUUCGCAUGCAUGUUGGAGUGGACAACUGGGAGCGGGCUUCUCCUCAACCCGUUCUGAUCGACGCUUAUGUUCACACGGAUGUUUGUAAGGCCGGAAAGAGCGACCAUCUGCCUCACAGCAUUCACUAUGGCAUCCUGACGAAGGAAUUGGAGAAGCACUGCUCAAAUUCGCGCUAUCGGUCAUUAGAAGCAUUAGCUGAUGGACUCGCCAAAGUCUGCCUCUUCAUCUGUCAUGCACCUCGCGUGACGCUACGGGUUCAAAAACCCCGCUGUCUGCUCCAUGCGCAUUCGGCUGGAGUUGAGGUCGUUCGUACGGCCGAUGACUUCGUCAAUGGAGACGGCACUUCCGUCGACUCAGCAGCAUUAGAUCUGGCAACGUCCAGCUCUGCUGGAUCUGCAAGUAGACCGUCCACGGCGCUCUCGCAGCUAAGACUUUCGCCUCGGUCAAAGUGGGUUGUCCACGAUAAGGUAUUCGUGCGAGAUCUGAUUGUUAACACCAUCGUGGGCGUCAAUCCUUGGGAGCGGUUCGAUAAGCAAAACAUCAAGCUAAACCUUACCAUCUUCUCCGGCUCAGAGCGCUUGCGUCAAGCCGCAGCUGCUGUACCCGGUCAAGAGGCGUCUACGCAUGCUUCGAAGACACGCGACAUUGUCUCUCGUCCGCACAACUAUCGCACGAUCGUCCGCAGCAUCUCCGAAUAUGUCGAGGCUUCCUCAUACAAAACGGUUGAAUCUCUUGCGACGUCCAUCGCUCGCGUUGCUAUUCAGCAGAAUAAGGUCGACAGAAUCCGAGUCAGCGUCGCCAAGCCAUCGGCAAUCAUGUUCGCUGCGAGUGCAGGCGUCGAGAUCGAGCGAGAUCGAGCAUUCUUUGAAGAAGAAGCGCUGCUGGCAGCCGCAGAUUCGCACCUUGACACAGUCUCCAAAAGCAGUCUGGGUCUGCCCACCGUGGAACCUCGGUCUCUCGAAGGCGCAUCGGCUUCGAGUCCCGUUGCGAACGUCUUGGAAGGGGACGGAUGGCAUCUUGCUGCUAUUGCGCUAGGAUCCAACCUCGGCGAUCGUAUUCAGAACAUCGAAAAGGCUGUCCGACUUCUUUCUGCUCAUGAUUCAUGCAAGGUUGUCGAUACCAGCUUCUUGUACGAGACGCCUCCGAUGUACGUCACAGAUCAACCCACAUUCCUGAACGGAGCCUGCCGCAUCGCUACCAAGCUGGCGCCUCAUGAUCUCCUGACGCUCACUCAGUCGAUCGAAACCGCCAUUGGCCGUGACAAGGCUGGCGUCCCGGAUAAGGGCCCCCGCCUCGUUGAUCUUGACAUCUUAUUUUACGACAGGGCCGAAGUUGACGAUGGACCCCGCCUCACCAUUCCACACCCUCUCAUGAAGGAACGCGAGUUCGUCUUGCGCCCACUGGCUGACAUCCUGCCCAACUUUGAGCACCCUUCUGCCUCAAGGACGGUCGCUCAAUUGCUCUCAAUUCUUCAAAAUUCGCCGGACUAUGAAGGGGGUCACGGGAUACGGAAAGUGACCUUUGUGCCGACAGAGGCAUCCACCUCCACGCUUUCGUGGGGAAGCCGCACCUAUGUGAUGGGUAUCAUCAAUGCGACCCCCGACUCGUUUUCAGACGGCGGUGACAAUCUCAAUGCAGAGCCUGCAAUCCGGUCGGCAAUGCGGAUGGUCGAGCAGGGUGUUGAUAUUCUCGAUGUCGGCGGCAUGAGCACAGCUCCACACGCUGAAGAGGUCGACGAAGCCGAGGAAGUCAGACGCACUGCACCUCUUAUUCAAUCCUUACGUGCAGCCGGCAUCACGCAACCCAUUUCCAUUGACACUUUCCGUGCCGGCGUCGCCUCAGCGGCACUACAAGCAGGCGCGAAUAUCAUUAACGAUGUCAGUGGAGGAGAGCGCGACCCCGCAAUUCUGAAGGUGGCACGCGACGCAGCUGUUCCGUUCAUCUGCAUGCACAUGCGCGGCGACAGCCAAACGAUGGAGAAGAUGACCUCUUACGCAGGUGGAGAUGUGAUCGCUGGUGUCAAGGCAGAACUACAACAACGAGUCGAUCGCGCGUUGCGGGCUGGCGUCCGACGAUGGAAUAUUAUUCUCGAUCCCGGCCUUGGAUUCGCCAAAUGUCAGGAGGGCAACCUCCAAAUCCUUCGCAACCUCUCCGCCCUCACGGCGACCGCACCCGGCUCCCGGACUAGUGAAGUCCGAUCUUCAAGAAGUGGUCUGACUUCUCGAGCGUCUCACUCAUCGCUGAGUCAGUUGGCGCUCACGUCGGCACAGGCAUCUCCGCACCUCACACCCCGACCAGAAAUCGAUGGGACGGCUGAUCUGAUCACACCCAACUCGACGCUUGCCGGUUUCCCGAUGCUCGCGGGACCCAGUCGGAAGCGCUUCAUCGGCUCCAUUACGGGUCGCAAGGAGCCGAAAGAGCGAGUCUACGGUACCGCAGCAGCCUGCACAGCAGCGAUCGCCAACGGAGUGGACAUUCUGCGCGUGCACGACGUGGAAGAGAUGGUGGACGUGGUCAAAACUUCGGACGCUAUCUUCCGCUGA